AUGACGGAGAUUGAGGAACUUGAGCUGACUCCACUGACACAGCCAUCUCUGGAAAUGAAGGAAAGUUGGGUUCUCAAACCAACUAUCGCCAAGAAAAAGAAGAAAUUUUCUGUUGCUUGCAUCUCAAGCAACAGAAAAUUACUUCUAUGGCUUGGAGGAGUCUUGUGUGUGUCCUGCAUCAUAGCGAUGACCCUGUCGAAGACUCUGCCUCACGACCACUACAACGUUCCACCAUUAACGAAAGACAAUAGCACCAUUGCUAUUCCAGUGGCAUUGAAGUUCUUCAAUGCCCAAAUAUCCGGAAAACUCCCAGAGGGGAAUAACGUGUCUUGGCGGGGAGAUUCUUGCUUGAACGAUGGCAAGUUUCCAGGGAGCUCUUACCCACAUUUGGCAGGAGGGUACUAUGAUGCUGGAGGUUCGAUCAAGUCCAACUUUCCCAUGUCAUUCUCAAUGACAAUGUUGAGCUGGAGUGUUAUUGAAUAUAGCACAAAGUAUCAAGUUGCUGGCGAACUCAACCAUGUCAAAGGACUCAUCAAGUGGGGAACUGACUACUUGCUAAACAACUUCAAUAGCAGUUCUGAUACAGUAUUUGAAAUGGUGUCACAGGUUGAUAUUUUCCCAUUCGUUCUUGCUAUUUUUCCAUUCCUUCUUGCAUACUCAUAUGUUUCUAAUUGUUUGUUUUCGUUUUCACAGAUAGGAAUGACUAUAGGAAGCGAAUUGCCUAAUGACAACUACUGCUGGAUGAGGCCAGAGGACAUUAAUUACAAAAGGGACUUCACUGUGUGUCACACUAACUGCCCGCAUCUCGCUGCAGAGAUGGCAGCUGCCCUCGCCUCAGCAUCCAUCGUCUUCGGAGACAAAGUCGAGUACUCUGCAACACUUGUUCGCAGUGCCAAAGCGAUGUACUCGUUCGCUGAGGCUAUGAGUACCAAAAUGAAAAGCUCAGAGCACUGGGAUGACCUCAUAUGGGGAGGAGCAUGGAUGUACUAUGCUACGGGAGAUAACACCUAUCUUGCGAAGGUAACCAGUCACGAUUUAGCGAAGCGUGCCGGUGCCUUCUCGCAUGGCCCUCGUUAUGGUGUCUUCGGGUGGGACAACAAGCUUGCUGGGACACAGGUACAUGAGGCUUCCUUAGUUAUGUUUUUCUUCCAACAGAUUCCUUGCUUGCUUACAUUCUGUUUUUGUUUGUUUGUGUGCUUUUUUUCAGUUGCUCUUGACUCGGCUGAGGCUGUUCCUCAGCCCUCCAUUUCCUUAUGAAGACAUGUUGAAAACCUUUCACGAACAAACCAGCAUAGUAAUGUGCUCGGACUUGCCUUACUACACCAAAUUUAACAGAACAAAAGGUAAGAGUUAGUUAGUUAGUUAGUUGUCUCAGAUUUUGAAACUGCAUCAGUCUUAGUGUAAACUUGUGAAACUAACUAUUGGAUAGUGAGAUUUUGGUCUUGUAUAAGUCUUAGCUCGUGCUCUAUAUAUUGAAAAGGAUUAUGUGAGUUUUGAUUUAGUUAGGAUGUUUUGAUCAUAUAGUAUUGAGAGUAUGGCUGCUUUCAUAUCUACAGGUGGUUUGAUCCUGCUGAACCAUGGCGAACCAGAGCCUCUCCAAUAUGCUGCGAAUGCAGCUUUCCUCGCAACCCUCUACAGUGACUACCUCGAUGCUUCUGAUACUCCUGGAUGGUACUGUGGCCCAAGUUUCUUCAAAACUCAGGUCCUACGUGACUUUUCAACAUCUCAGGUAUUGAAAUCACAAUGAAAACGUUACAACCAUUAUUAUAUGAUCAUCUGGAUCAAGCUUUUGUGUGUGUUCUUCUUCCCGCAGGUUGAUUACAUACUAGGCAAGAACCCACAGAACAUUAGUUAUGUUGUGGGGUUUGGGCAGAAAUAUCCCAAACAUGUACAUCACAGGGGCGCUUCGAUCCCCAAGAACAAGAAAGUGACUUGCGAAGGAGGUUGGAAGUGGAAGGAGAGCAGUAACGAGAAUCCAAACACGAUUGAAGGAGCAAUGGUCGCUGGACCUGACAAGAAUGACGGCUUCCAUGACCUACGUGCAAACUACAACUACACACAGGCCACUCUGGUGGGAAACUCAGGUCUUGUGGCAGCUCUUGUAGCCUCGUCACGAGGGGGUGGAGGACUUGACAGAAACGGCCUCUUCUCAGCCAUUACUCCUCUGUCGUUGUCUCCGGAUCCUGAGACUUGAUCAAGAAGAUCAUCUUUGUUUACUCUGUUUUCUGCUUUAUUAUUGGACUUGUUUUCCCUGUUUCUUCAUGUUCUCGACAGUUCUUUAUGCUUUCUUCAACUCCCUGAUCUGUUCUUGAACAUACUUUGUCCGUCACUAGCAAACUGUCCAAGUCUCGGAUAGGAGGAUCUAAUGGAGUUCUUGUUUCUGCUUGGCUUCUUUCUGAAUGUUUCACAAGGUUGGUCAUGUGUUUGACGAUCACAACACUAUACCGCUGAAUGUGUUCCUGAUGUUUUGAUUCGAUAAUGCUUCCUUGAGCUAUUUGGUCACAAAGCAGACGCCACUACAAAAGCUUCCACGGCAGCUUUUUAUGAAUUCUCCAUCAAAUAACCUUCCAAAGGAUGCUUUAAGUUACCUAGUAGUGGUACACCAGGAUGCUUCAACCAGAGCAGCCUUGCAGAGCUCCAUCGCCUUACCUGCAGCUUCUCUCACAGCCAUUUGUUCUCUAACCAUUCUGUAGUAGUAUGGAUUUGAGUCCCCAAGAGUUUGAUUCAUUCCACCAACCUCUGUAGUCUUAAUCUUCCUAUUGUGGUACGGUGUUAUGAGUCAUAACAGAAUCAAGAGAUAAGUGCACUGCCUCCUAUUUUUGUACGAUGUGGCAUAGCUUUAUAACCAAUCAAUAGACAUCAACUCAAUUAGAAAAAGGGGAUUUAUAGUUGAAUAGGAUUGGUUACACCAAUGGAUAUUGAAAAUUACAUCCAGUUCCACUGAAACCAAAUUCUAAUAAAAUUCAAUGGAUACUGAAUAACAAUGGAUUUGACAUAAACUCCCCUUUUUGUUUUUGGGCAAGGGGAUCAAAAUGGUUUCGGUUAUAUUUUUGUUUUAUUUUAAUGGAUUUCAGAUUCAAUAUAAUAAAUACUCAAUCCAAUAAUAGAGGAUUUCACUUUACAUUUGAAUUCUUUUGCGGUUUUUUUGCAAGAUUGACUCAAAACUCAAAGUCAAACUUAAAACUAACCCAUACUUUUCUUGGA